CGGCAAAGUAAGCAUGUAGUUUGGAAAAAACUGUAUGAUAAAAAGAGAUAAUAUUAUGAACUUUGUAUAUUUAUAACGAUGAUUUUCUGUGGAAAUGGGAGGAGCGACAUCUUCUUUGGCCAAGUCUGUCUCAACUCCCGUGAAAUGGCUGUUUUCAUGGAACAAGACCGGUGACAGUUGUCAGGAUGAAGCUGCCAUCGCCCAACGAUUCGGUGCUACUCCAUUUGUACACAAGAGACGAGGAUCGAUGUACAUGGAUGAGGAUGGAGACCUAGCCCACGAGUUUUUUGAAGAAGUUCCUAUUAAACAUGAUGGAGAUCAGGGUCACAGAUAUAAGAUGGUGAAGAAAAACCAUCAUCUGGUACCUCAGGGAGAUGUGGAAUUGCCUCAUCCAAGACUCCAUGUUGACUUCCCAGCUGUGUUAUGUGAAGUUUUCACGGGAAAGUGAUUACUUCAAAGACAAUGGAUAAUACUGAUUGUGAUGAUGGUAGAAAGAUGUUGACGGUUGUGCAUGUACAUAGAGAUCAGUGAGAUUUUCACUCCAAGCUGACACCAUGUCUCCGCACAGGCACCAAACCAGGGCUUGGCUGAUUAAAGCAGUCACACAGGCACAUCUGUAUCUUACCUGCAGUUUUCUGUAGACCUGGCAAAAUUUGACAUUUGUGCUCAGCAGUCCUUGUUCGGGAAUCUCACCGCCUUUAGUGGUAAAUUGAGAAAGCUUUGACAUAAGGCAUGUUUUUAGUCAUUCUCAUUUUGUGGAAUUUGUGGCGAGAUUGGGGCUUUUAUAUCUUUAAUACUUGAUUUGUAUGUUUAUCUCCACUAACCAGUUGAAGGUUGGACAAAGUAAAUCAAAUCAAUGAAACAGUUUCAAGUAAUGUAAAGCAUCAAACCAUCAUUGCUAGCAUAACAUCUAAAUGCUAAUUUCAUCAUUUCAGAAAGCUUUAAACAGAAUGCAGUGCAAAAAAAAAUGUACUUGCGUCCACAGGAUAUUGAAAAAAAAAAAUGACAACUCAGUAGCCUGCUCAGUAUGUAUAUCAUAAUUCAAGGGCAGAUAACUCGUGACAAUUUGUCUACACUGUUUCAGACAUGGCUACAUAAAUUAUCAGAUAUUGUAAAAGCAGAGUGCUCAACGGAAGCUCAAAACAUGAAAACAUGAUUUUGAGGACUAGGAUAGACAGAUUUUUUCAAUUGACUUUAAUUGUGUACAAAAGGUGACUUAAAACUGUGGUAGACAAAAAGUUACUAUUGGGGGCUGUGCCUUUUUCUCAUGUUUUAAAAAUAAAUUAAAUUAAAUUACAUAUAUAUUGAAAGUUCUUUGUUUCCUACUGAUAAUGUUGAAUUUAGCAGAGAGAAGUGUAUACUUCUGAGUGUGUUAAGAUUUUUGUAACUGUUGUGAUCAGUAUGAAAGGACAGUAUGCCCUAUGUAAAUUCCUACCUACCAGCUCCAAAAAUGUGUUUCUGCAACAAAAGAAACAAAGUGGAAAAAAUAUGUUCAUUGGGUGGAUCUAUAAGAGUCUUUAAAGAUAUUAUAUUUAUUUUCUCUCUAGUCAAGAAAAUAUUAUUCAUUAGAUUUGAUUAUAUAGGUGAUCGUUGGUGAGGUGAUCUGCCAGCAGCCUGCGGAUGGUCGUGGGUUUCCCUCCGGACUCUGCCCAGUUUCCACCCACCAUAAUGCUAGCCGCUGUCGUAUAAGUGAAAUAUUCUUGAGUACGGCGUAAAACACCAAUCAAAUAAAUAAAUUGGAAAGGUAAAGUCAAACUAGAACCAGUACUGGUACCAUAUUUUCUGUUGUGUGGAAUAAUUGACUUAAAACAUUACUUUUUCUACUGUUUCAUAAUGAAAUGUUAAUGUUCUUAGUGUUUGCCAUAUUUGACCUAAAUUCAUAUUGCAGUAAUUUCUUCCUAGUUUUCCUUCGCAUGAAAAUGUCAUAGUGUUUCAUCAUUUCCUGAAUAUGUAUUGAACAUGUGAACAUUCCCCGUUACUUAUCAAUCAGUAUAAAUGUAAACCUAAGCGUCACAAAAAGCAGCUUUUAUCUUUACGUGUGUGUACAGUUAACAAGGUUUUCAUCAAUCAGAGUAAAUUUAAAACAAAAUAUGAAGUUGUUGAUGAAGAAAUAUUUGUAUGUCUAGAAGUUGUAAAUACGUGAAAUAUAAUAAAGUGUACAGACAUGUUUC